AGCUCAAUCCAUAAAAUUCUCACAGCCCUAAAAACACAACGAAAGAAACACGGUAAAGGGCAAAAGUGUGAGAGCAGCUCUUUUUGCAGUGCACAUUUCAGACAAGCCGGAGAUUUUGUCCUUUCUCUUUUAUAAAAACCUCGUGCGCCCACCACAUCCAUCAUCAUUAAUGUCACAACGUUACUAUUUUCAAAAACCCGUUGGAGCCAAGUAGAAGCUUAAAAUAUCAAUGCGUCAAUAAACCCUCUCUCUCUCUCUCUCUCUCUCUCGUCUCUCGCUCUGCCUGCAUUGAGGAACUCAAAUCAUGAACAACAUUCCUAGCUCUUUCUGAACUUAGCAGAGAGCAGUCAUGGUGUGUUUCCUUGCAUGUUUUGGUUUCUCCAACAAACGAAGGCGGCGAAAACCUUCCUUUAAUGCUCUAUCUGGAGACCAGAAGCAUGGAAGUUAUGAACCUUUACAUUCAUCUGUGCCUCUAGAUCUUGACAUCACAGAAGACCCCAUUGGCCCGUGUUCUGAGUUCAGAGUUAGAGAGAAGCCCAAGGAGAGGCCAAGCCUCAAAAUCAGAAAAAAGGUCCGCUUUAAUUUGAAUGUCCAGACCUAUGAGCCGGUUCCGACCGAUUACAAUCUUUCGGAGAGCGAUGAGGAGAAAGAAAAGAUAAAGAAAUGGGAAGAAACAGAGGAGGGAGGCCUCCUCCCUAUGUUUUCUAAGGGGGACACAACAGAAUGGACAAUGGGCUCGUACCCCUCAAAUUAUAGGUACCAAAAUUGCAGUGACAGCUACGAUGAGGAAAACGACAUAGCUUACGAAGAAAUUGAUCUGGAUGAUGAUGAUGCUGAUAUCGAUUAUUACGAUGACAUUGAAGACAACAGUGACGGGGGUGAUGAAGAAUGUUAUGGAGGCAAUGAAAUUCUCCAUGAACGAGGCCAAGAAGAGGUUUCUUGGCGGUUGGAGUCUUCAUGUAUGGAAUCACAUAAGUUUGUUUCUUCGGUUCAGUUGACAAAGGAUAAAAGCACCAAUAUAAUGCCCACUUGUGCAUCAAACGUCAGAGAACUUAAGCCACUUGGGUUGCAUCAAAAUGCUCGAGAUAGAAGCCACUAUGUGCAUUCUGUGCUAAACCCAAUAGAAAACAUCACCCAAUGGAAAGCAGUCAAAGCGAGAGCAGCACCACCUGAGCGCCAGAGGAAGGAGAACAUAGAAUCAAUGAAAAAACCAACUCUACCGUUUACUUUGAAGCCAAUCGUAGAUCCAAGGUCUUUCUCCCAUCCAAGCCAGUCCAAGCCUCUAAUGCAAGAAAUUGCCGUUGAUGCCAGCCUUUCAAACUGGUUACCAAAGUCAAAUAGAUCUGAGAUCACAACCCAUUGCUCUUGAAGCCAUUUGAGUGAAUAAACAAUUGUCUUGCUGAUCCCAUCCAAGGAGAAGAAGAGAAGGUAGACAUAUUUGGUGUUAAUAGUAGCAGACUCGUAUAUCAGAUUCUCAAGGGAGUAUCUCGUAUGAAAUGUGAUUAAAAAAUUCAAACUCAGCCUACUUCUGCACAACCACUAAAAAGUGCAACUGGUAAACAUGGCUAAUUUGGAUACAACGAUGAAGAUUACAACAGCAGCACAGCCACAACUAGUUUUUCUAAUCUUUCUUGGCUAUUUUAGACGGUGUGAACAAUCUGGCGUGUUGUUUGCGUUUGUGUUUAUAAUCUUUGAUCCUCUUCCGAUUGUUUUGUGAAUAAUGGCGUUGGGUAUUUUUCUAUUCCACCGUGUCGGUGGGUUUUGGUUGUCUCUUGUUAUGUGUUACUGUUUGUAUGAGGGAUUGAUUACAAAUGAAACCAUUCAAUUUCGCUGAUUUUGACAUCAUUCUCCCAUCUGAGUUAA